CCGCGCUGACGUUGGACAACAAAGAUGGCGGCGGGGAGCAGCAACUACUGGGAAGAUCUCAGGAAGCAGGCGAGGCAGCUGGAGAACGAGCUGGACCUGAAGCUGGUGUCCUUCAGCAAGCUCUGCACCAGCUACAGCAGCAGCCGGGACGGAAGGCGCGACAGGUAUAGCUCUGACACAACUCCUCUAUUAAAUGGAUCAAGCCAGGACAGAAUGUUUGAGACCAUGGCUGUGGAGAUUGAGCAACUUCUGGGAAAGCUGACUGGGAUAAAUGACAAGAUGGCAGAGUACACCAACAGUGCGGGCGUGCCGUCGCUGAACGCGGCGCUGAUGCACACGCUGCAGCGCCACAGGGACAUCCUGCAGGAUUACACACACGAAUUCCACAAAACCAAAGCAAACUUCUUGGCAAUACGAGAAAGGGAGAAUCUGCUGGGAUCAGUACGGAAAGACAUUGAGUCGUACAAAAGCGGCUCAGGCGUGAACAACAGAAGAACAGAGCUGUUCCUGAAGGAGCACGAGCACCUUCGGAACUCAGAUCGACUGAUAGAAGAAACAAUAAGCAUUGCCAUGGCAACAAAAGAAAAUAUGACUUCACAGAGAGGGAUGUUGAAGUCAAUACAAAGCAAGAUGAAUACCUUGGCAAACCGUUUUCCAGCAGUGAACAGCCUGAUCCAAAGGAUCAACCUCCGGAAGCGACGGGAUUCCUUCAUUCUGGGCGGCGUCAUCGGCGUCUGCACCAUCCUGCUGCUCCUCUACGCUUUCCAUUGAUGGCUGCUUCCCCCUGGACUCUGCUAAACCUCAUCACCACCUUCCCUCCUCCCAGCCAAGGAGAAGUGACUGGGGGAAGCAUCAGACUUGCACAGCCUGCUCGUGGCUGGGGCUGUCAGCAUGAUGUCUGCAGCUUCUGGUGGUAGACACUGACACUGGGCUUGGGCUCAAGCUGCAGUGUUUCUCCUCCCCUGCUGUUCACCUUCCUUUGGGUUAAAUUUGGUGGGAUUUGUUUGUCUUUAAUUCCCUUUCUCACUGCAAGGUAAGUGCCCGUGGGAUGUUUAACCAGAACUGGAGGAAGAGUUCCAGUGCUCAGCAGUGCUGGGGAGGUUUGGUGCUGGCUGGGGAGAGGGAGAGGAUUAAGUUUGCCUUGUGUGGAAGCUCAGCAGGAAGGCUUUUCCCUCUAAUCCCAGCCCAGUACUGAAUUUCACCCUGAGAGAUGAAUACUGCAGCUUUAAGCCUUCAGGUUGCUUUACUACUAAAUACAUGUUCUGUAAUUCUUCUUAACUCCUGGUUGAUAUUUUAGUUAUUUCUGCAUCAUUCAUGCUGUGAAAACUGUGCUUCACACAAAUUCCUCAAAGUUAACAAAAAAAAAGGGGGUUUCCGUUCACUUUUUGUACAGAACAUGAAUAUAAAAGUACCCUCUGAGGGAGAUCAUAAGAUUUCUUGUGGCUUUAAAGGGACUAACAAAGUCCCACUGUGUAAAAAGGGAGCACAGUGUCUCAGCAGCUGUUUACUCAAGUGUUCAGUCAUCUGAAAAGUGACCAAACAUGAAUUCACCUGAAGGAAUCUUUUGGGUGCACACAUUCUCAUUUUGGCUGGCAUCAGAAAGAUCUUUAAGCAGUUUACAAAGCCUAUACUGUAAUUUAGGUGAGGUUAUUCUGAUAGUGCAGGUAAGAAGGAAAUGAUCUAAACUGUUGAUUCGAAAUGAAAAUAAUGGUGGUUUAUAGCUGAGGAAAAGGUGUUAGACAUAACUCCUAGCAAAGAGCUGACUGUAUGAAUAGUGAUAUAAAUGUUAUUUGCCAUUAUCUGUGGGGGGGAAAGCUUUUUCUUGGUCUGGACAGGCAAAAAGAACCCUGUUGUUUGUAAACAAAGCUGAAAUCUGCAGUGGCUUUGAUACUGCAGCUUCCCAGAUCACAGAUUUUUUCUGCUCUUUCAACAGUACUUUUCCACCUGUCAUAUCAUAAGUCAAUAAAUUCAAGCCUUAGCACUGAAAUACCUUUUUAAGAACUUGAUUAACUCUUUUCACAAUCCACUUAGAGUGCUCCUAUCAGAUUCCAUGUAUUCCAUCACCCACAAAUGUCACACAGUCCCCAGGUUCUCCUCUGGAACAGAGUCCAGCGGGACGGACGCAAUUUUUUACUUCAUUUUAUAGUGCCUGUGAGUUGGAGGGAAUAGAGACUUGUGUGGUGUGCAAAUCCACACUGUUACACCCAAAAUGUCUGGAUUUAAAGGCUUCUUUGCAGACUUAAUAACCCUGUGCUAAAAAGUCAACAAGGGCUUUUAAUCAGCCAUCCUACCAUUGGGAUUUGGAAUUAAGACAUGUAAAACUGAAAUAAAGGGUGAUUAUUUGGUUGAUUUGGGAGUGUUCCCAUUUAGAGAUGAAGUGUUUAUUAAGGGGGUUUAUGAAAAAGCUUGAUGGAUAAAGGAGGGUUAUUAAUGGAUCUGUGUGUUGGGAGAUCAAACUUCUUCUCCCUGUUGCCUUCUUUGAUUCCUCCUCUGCCCUAAGGGACCCUGAUCAGCACUUGUGCAUCUGUUUAGGAUUUGUAGGAUUUGGUUGCUCUGUCGUUGGCAAUAUAAGAUCUGCAGUACCAUAAAUAAAUUCAUUUAUUUAAUCUUAUAACAAGUCUUUUUAUUGGACUUAACUGAUUAUUUGGUGCAUAUAUUUAAUCUUAUUGUGAAAAAGCUGCUAUGGAAAAUAUGUAGAUUAUAAUAAAUAUGUAAACAUAAUGGAUUUUUCAUGUUAUGAAAAUGUUAUGGAGGACCUGAUAUAUUUUAGUAUAAAAUAAUGGAAAUAUGCUGAAUUAUCUCUGAUAAAGCUUUACUGGAAAUGGUUUCGGUGUUGGCAGCCCCUCCAUGGUUUUUGUUUGUGCUGGUUUUGAGUCAGUUUUGUGUUGAAAAAUACAUUUAAUUAUCUUUGGAAUUUUCCCUUCAUCAUCGUCUGGCGGAGUGAGCGGGUGUUGUGCUGUGCUCCCUGGAGGGGUGUGUUUGCAUCUGGCCCAGGGAAAGGCUUCCAAAUUCAGGAGAAUCAGCCUCAUAAUUCAUCUCUAACAACCUGGACCUGUGGUCAGAACAAUGGACUGGAAAAUGAACACAGUGGAUUGUAGCAUUCUGCCUCAAAUCCCAAAAUACAGGUUUGUGUGUCUCCUGUUGCUAAA